GAAGAGAAGACAAGUAAGGAGAAUUAUUCGUGUACACAUAGUCUGCAAAAUGAACAGUUUGGAGUAUUUAAACACUUUUUUGACCGAACGCCUAAUGACAGUUGCUGGAGAAAUAUUUCAAGUCUUUAAAGAUACCGUUACUGAAUAUCAAGGCGAGAUAGAACGAAUCAGACACGAAAAUCGCUGUCUAAGAGAAACCCUUGCUGAAAUCGACGGUAAUAUCGCUCAGCAAAGACAAGGUGCUCAGAUGAUCGACGCAGAUGGAGAUCAGCACAACUCAAACCAGGGACCUCUGGACUCGGAACACUCAUUAAUACAAGUGAAGCUGGAGUUUGCCACUUUGGAGCAGGAGUGUGAACCGCAGCAGGCUUCCAGCGAACCGCAAAUGUACACGUCUAAUGUUGCAAAGGCUAUUCAUGGUCCGGUGCCCACCCAGUGUUUCUCUGACAAGACUGUUGUCCUGGACGACAUGGAGGACAACAGUCUGCACACGAACUCGGCAGUCACAGUCAAAGUAGAGCCGUGUGCAUCCCACGCGAUAUAUUCUGAUAGCACAAGCACAGCUGAAAUACUGAAUGAUGCUGCAACUGACCAAGCGAGGCUUGGACAGGACUCCUACUGUGGCAGGGCAUUUGAUGAGGUUUCUCAUCUAGCAUCCCACCUGCAGAGUCAUGUGGACAUGUUUAGCUGUGAGGUGUGUGGUAAGUCCUUCAAGAAAAAAGGUACCUUGAAGACACACAUGAUAGUGCACCAGAAAGAGAGGCCCUAUCGCUGCAGGUUGUGUGGAAAAUCAUAUAGUUGUGCCAAAGUACUGAAUGUGCAUCUCAUAAGUCAUACAGGUGAGAGACCCUUUGCUUGUGGUUAUUGUGAAAAGCGUUUUAAGCUGAAAAGUCAUUUGAAAGAGCAUGAGAGGAUCCACACUGGUGAAAAACCUUUCAGCUGUCCAGUGUGCAGGAAGUGUUUUACCAGAUCGAAUCCCGUAAAGAUACACAUUCGAAAUCAUCAUCGUGAACAAUCACAGUUUCUGCUGAACCAGUAAAUGAACAAAGAGGGUUUGCUGCAAG